GUCACUCAGUCAGUGUGUCGCUCUGUCAACAUUUCUACGGACUGCUUCUUUAAACAAAAAAAUAACCCUAACAACACUUUGCUUUGGGUUUUUUUUUUAUUACCACCACCACCACCACCACUACCACUACUACUUCUUUGGACUGUUUAAAUCUACUUUUUAUUUGAUUUUUUUUUUUUGACAGGCUGCACCGGGCUUUUCUCACAGGCUUUCCUGGUGAUGACCUCACUGCUGUUCCCUGGCAACGCCCACGCUGCGAUGAAGGACCUCUCUUCUUCUGCCUCUCCUCUCACCACCCUGCUCCACUACCCUUCAUCCAAAACUUCCGUCGUGCCCUUCUCUCCGUCCACCGGUGCUGCCACCUCGCCCGGGUCGCCACUGACGUCGGCGCCGCUCUCCAAACCUCAACCUUUCUGCCUCCAGACGGGACCGCACCUCAUCGCCAGCAUGCAGCUCCAGAAGCUCAACUCGCACUACCAGAACCUCGCCGGCGCUUCUGCUGGACACCCGACGCCUGGCGGAGCUCAGAGGGGCUUCGGUACCUCGCAGCUGGGCGCCGGAAACCAAAUCUUGGGGCCUUCGGGAGGUCUCGGAGGAGGUGGGAUGGGUGUCGGCAUCAGCAUGGGGAACCAGGGCUCCGGCACCAAUGGGAUUAUCGACUUUGACCCCGUAGACGAAGAGGUUCUCAUGUCUCUGGUGGUGGAGCUGGGUUUGGACCGAGCCAACGAGCUGCCUGAACUCUGGCUGGGUCAGAACGAGUUUGACUUCAUGUCAGAUGUGCCGGCCGGUUGCUGACCUACGAGAAGAAGAAAAUACCCAAAUUCGUUGGAAUCGAUUGACGAAGAGAGAGAAAACUUUAUCUCUUGUCUUGAUUUUGUCUUUCCCUCCCUUUCUUGGUUGAUAAAACGAGGAAACAGAAGAGACACUGAGUUAUCGAGAGGCAGAGUUAUUAGAGGUGUACUUUUGUUUCUCGUUGGCUUUCAUACUUUCUGCGGGCAAAGAGACUCAUCAAAGAAAAAGCUUGCUUUUGAUUUUUUCUCUUUUUAUAAUGGAGUAGUACUCUUGCGGAAAGAGAGAGAGCGUGAAAUCUUUUUGUUUUUUCCUUUAAUUCAAUCUGUGCUUUUGUUUUGCCUCCUUCUGCAUUUGAUUUUUACUUUUACUUUUCAUUUAAAGAGGAAAAACAGAAGCGAAGAGUCAUUGCUGUGGGACGGUCUCGUCUUUUUCUUCCAUCACUCCAUCAUGCUGGCUAAAUGAAAACAAGUUGAUUAACGCACGAAGGGGGGUCGACAGAGAUGACAAAAGACACACCUGUUGGGACUUCCCCUGUCCUCCGUGCCGUCCUCUGUGAGCGCUUUAAGGAAAAUGAAAAUGGGAUACAUGUCUUUAUGGGAGAUUUGCGAAUGACAAACACCACGUUUCCUGUUUUCUUAAUGGACACUAUUAGACUCCGGUCUCAUGGGAAAGA